AUGCCAGUCCCAGCUGUGAUCAAGGACGCUAUUGAGGUUUCCUUGAAGCUGGGUCUGAGGUUUAUUUGGGUCGACAGAUACUGCAUUAGACAGGACGACCCAGAGAAACACCGACUGAUUCUUUCCAUGGAUGAAGUUUAUGCUAAGACUUGUAUAACCAUCAUUGCAGCUGCUGGAAAGACGGCUGCUGAUGGGUUACCUGGGAUAAGCAAUAUUCCUCGUUUAGCCCAAACGGAGACUCAUAUCGGUGGAAGCACCCUACUAGAGCUCCCUUCAAUACUUAACUCUACACGGUCAUCCACCUGGACACAGAGAGGUUGGACAUAUCAAGAGGGUUUAUUAUAUACACGACACUUAACAUGUGCACCGAUAUCUGUCGAGAUUCCAGACAAGUCGACUUAUUUUUACGAACAAAAAGCGAAGCAUCUGUAUGUGACUGGCCCAUUAGCCAAACUCAGGCUUGUCGGGGCAAAUCGACUACCGAAUUCUGGUGAGUUUCCAAACCUAGAUUUCAGGACCUGUCACCACCAUGUCAUGUUAGAGGAACGGGCCCCAGGGAUCUUCGCCGUAAUUCGUUUGUCGUUGAGUGUUGAGCCUGAAGUUGGAGAGCAAACAUUUGGUCUUCUAUUUACAACCGAAAUCGGCUCGGAUGAAGAGAAGCGUUUUAGUAUUCACGGCCUCAUAGUUCUACGGAAAGGCGACAAAAGCUUCACAAGAAUUGGGUGCAUGAGGUUGGAAGACUUCUGGGUGCGCAAAUACGUCAAUAUCGAUGGUGCCUCAACUGUUAAAAGAACAAUGCCUCCACUCAAUGGUUGGCGUUACUUUGGUCAAGAAUUUACAAGGCAGCGUAUCUGUCUCGAGUAA